UAGCAACUGAACCUAGCAACUGGGAAUUCGUCAAGUGGCUGCGGAUCUCAGCUGAAGGGCUUUGGAAACGCUGCGCUCACAUUGAGCAGUUUCCAGCCUCCUGGGCAAGGGAACAGUCUCCUCCCUUGCCUGGGACUCUGGAACCAUCUCGUUCUGGUGAAAGUAAGAGGCAAUCUAGGAUCAUACGCCUUUCGCGGAGAAAAAGCUGACAUGCCCGUCCUGUAUGACAGAUUGCUGAAGCUAAAGGAGGUGUUUAAGUCUAAGUUUGGAUCCCUUCCCAAGUUUUAUGUUCGAGCACCAGGAAGAGUCAACAUAAUAGGAGAGCAUAUAGACUACUGUGGAUAUUCUGUUCUUCCAAUGGCUAUAGAACAAGAUAUGUUAAUAGCUGUGGAACCUGUGAAAACACACACUCUCCAAUUGGCCAAUACAAAUCCCUUGUACUCGGACUUCAGUACUAGUGCUAAUAACACUGAGAUUGACAAAACCAAGCCUCUGUGGCACAACUACUUCCUAUGUGGAUUUAAAGGAAUUCAGGAACACUUUGGUCUUAGUAACCUGCCUGGAAUGAAUUGCUUGGUGGAUGGAAACAUCCCACCAAGUUCUGGCCUCUCCAGCUCCAGUGCUUUGGUCUGUUGCGCUGGCUUGGCAAUGCUCACGGUGCUGGGAAUGAGCCUAUCCAAGAUGAAACUUGCAGAGAUCUGCACCAAGAGUGAGCAUUAUAUUGGCACUGAAGGAGGAGGGAUGGACCAGUCCAUAUCAUUUCUUGCAGAAGAAGGAACUGCCAAGCUGAUAGAGUUUAGUCCUCUGAGGGCAACUGAUGUGAAACUCCCAAGUGAAGCAGUGUUUGUGAUUGCCAACAGCUGUGUGGAAAUGAAUAAGGCAGCAACUUCUCAUUUCAACAUCAGGGUAAUGGAGUGUCGGCUGGCUGCAAAGCUCCUGGCUAAGUACAAAGGCUUGCAAUGGGAUAAAGUACUGCGGCUGGAGGAGGUACAGGCCAAACUAGGGGUCAGUCUGGAAGAAAUGCUGUUGAUCACAGAGGAUGCCCUUCACACUGAGCCUUAUAGCCCCGAGGAGGUCUGCAGGUGUCUGGGAAUUAGCCUACAGGAACUCCGGACCCAAAUCCUGAGUCCAAACACUCAAGAUGUGCUCAUCUUCAAACUGUGCCAGCGGGCCAAGCACGUGUACAGCGAGGCUGCACGAGUGCUCCAGUUUAAGAAGAUGUGUGAGGAAGCGCCUGAUGACAUGGUCCCGCUGCUGGGGGAGUUAAUGAACCAGAGCCACGCGAGCUGCCGGGACAUGUAUGAGUGCAGCUGCCCAGAGCUGGACCAGCUCGUGGACAUCUGUCGGAAGUUUGGGGCUCCAGGGUCACGACUUACUGGAGCAGGAUGGGGAGGCUGCACGGUAUCAAUAGUCCCUGCGGACAAGCUGCCCAGCUUCCUAGCAAACGUGCACGAAGCAUACUACCAGCAGAGCGCCCGGAGCUUAGUGCCUGAGGAGCAGAGGUUGUUUGCUACCAAGCCAGGAGGUGGGGCUUUGGUUUUCCUUGAGGCCUAAACAAUGUAAAAAAUCUCAGAGAAACUAUAGGGCAUUUAGGAACUGGCAGAACUUCUUAUGCCACAGUAAAUUAAUCCUUUUUCUGUUUUAUGUUAUGAUGAACGGUUGCUAUUAUCAAGAUGUAUUUCCAAAGAAAUGGCUGAAAGCUCUCUAUGCUUCAUAAUGAUGAUUUUUCCAUCUUAAAAUAUGUUUUCUACCAGUAAGAGCCAAAAUUAUGCUUGGACAGAUCUCCUAAAGAUGAUUUACUGAGAUUUAUUGAUUUUAAGAUUUUUAAAGAUGAAUGGUAAAAGACUGACUCAAUACUGACCUCAUGGAUGGGACUUGAAUUAAACAUACUGCUACAAUUAAAUGGCUCCAAUUGAACUGUAUGUAAUAUUCUUAAGUACAGUUUAUUUCUGGUUUCUCUUGGCAUUCUUCUUCCUCAAAGUCAUAGUCUUCUGUUGAUAAUCAUGAUGAUAGUGAUGCUGGAAAUUCUUUCUUGAUUCAAGCUUCAGAAUGCUAUUAAAAUAAUACAUUAUUAAAGAUUCACAGGUUUUCCUGGACCUAGUAUACUUAAAUGUUGAUUUCCCCAGUUAUCAAGACAAGAAGGAUCACUUAAUUAAAAAUACUUUUUUUUGCAAAAGAUGGAUUUCAGAAGAAAAUCCUAGGUUCAUCAAAUUUUUGUUAACCAUGUGAUAUCACAUAAACAAUUGCUUUCAAUUCUUUUGGCCCUGAGCUUUUUCUGUCACUUAUUGGAGAAAUUUAGAUAAAAGACACUUUAAGUCUUUAUCUCCAUUCACAUUGAAAUAGAUCAUCAUCUGAAUGAUAAUUCAGGUAAUUCAGUUUGUUCAUGAAAUUUACUUUCUUUACACUCUAUGCUAUCUUUUCUCAAAUGCCUCUCUAAUCCAGAAGACGUGCUUACUGUUCCACGCAUCCCUUGCUUUCCUUUGUUGUGUGUCUAGCAUACCUGUAGGCCAGGUAUGCAGGUAUGUGGAUGACGGUAGGAAAUGGCUUAGAGUGGGUUCUGGGAUGGGAGGGGUGUUGUUGGGUGCCUAUAUAUGUUACGAAAAGUGGGCAGAAGUGUUUGUCCAUUUCCUGAUGGUAAAUGAAUGGCUUUCUCUCAUGGAUACACUAUACAUAAUGCUGUAUAUGAAGAUCUAGACCAAAAAACAUUUUGCUGAUGUAAUCAGAAAUUGAAACAGCAGUGGUUUUAUGGCAUGAAUUAUCCAGAAAAUUAUCACAGUUUUCUAUUAUUCUAUGAUUGUUUUUGCUCAUUAAUGUGCAACUUAAAGAUCAGACAUCAUCAUCUUGAAUCUCAGUUUUAGAGAGGCUCAGGUGAAGCUGGUUGUAAUAUUUCUCAAAGGACAACAGUCACAUAUAAAGUACUAGGAAAUCUAUAUUAUCCUGUUCUGAAAUAAACUUUUGGUGCUGCAUCAUUCUUUCCAGAAGGAUAAAUGCUUGAGAAAACUUAAGUCAAAUUUUGUUUAAAAAAAAUUGUUUUAUAAACCAAAUAAUCCAAAAUCUGAAUUGACUUAAAAUUAACUCCUGUGUUUUUUAGUACCUUUCCAUUUUUCACAAAAGAUCUGUCAUAUGUAAAUAACUCUUUAGGGACACUUGGAUUACCAUUAAAAAAAAGAAAAGGGCACUUGCCAUUGCCUUGGUAUUCUAUUUAAAUUUUUCACUAUGAGAUUCCAUCUGUACAAUACGUGAGUAAAAAUUUACAGUGUGUGCUCUGCUUUGGAAGACACUGUGGUUCUAAUCCAGGGAUCUACUUCAUAUUUGUCUUGAUGUCUGGCUUGAAGAAAAGAACUAUUUUUUCGGUCAAACCAUCACCCAGUGUUAUUCUAGAAAUUAUGAGAGAUAUCAAACUAUUUUGGAAAGGAUGGGACUAGGGAAACUGGAAAAAUGUUUCAUGUAGAAGAUGGAACUUAAGCGGGGCCCUAGAGGAAAAGUAGAAUUGGAAAACUUGGGAAUAGGCAUUGUAGAUGAGCAAAGUUUGAGCCUGGGUGAACGUGCUGUGUUCAGAAGGCUCAGUGGGAGUGAAGGGUCUGCCUUAGGAUAUUGUGGAGAAUAAGAUUGGCCAUACUGGCAGGAGCCAGCUUUUGAAGAGCUCCAAGUCCAGCAUUUAGACCAGGGGUUGCAAAUCAGCAGCUAAUAGGCUACAUCUGGUCUAUAGAUAUAUUUAAUUUUGCUCCCAGAGCAUUUAAAAAUUUAGGGUCCUAAUCAGGAGUUUUACAGAAGAAUCUGGAUCACUGAUGGUGGGCGAUGUGGUCACACAGUGGCCUCCAUUCCCACAGGGUGGCGACGGCCUAGACUUGAGGUGGUAGCUGCCUUGCUUAGAUGGGGCCUGGACUCUCCCACGCGGUACAGUUUCCACUACUCCGAGGAGUUUCCCUGAUACUCAGCCAUUUACCAUUUACCUGCUGACAUCACUUGCCCUUUACCAGCACACUUGCACAGGUGUUUUCUUACACUAAAUGAAUAAUUCUCUGUACCCAUGUCUCUAGCAGUAGUAGUUAAGAGACACCAAGAAAAAUGGGACAAAAAAUUUUCUUUUAUGGAAGUAAAGAAUAGUCCUGUUUAAUGUUAGUUUUAUUCCUUUCUAGUUGAUACAGGAAUCUGAUUAGAUUACUUGACCUUGGGUUUUGACAUUACACCUGUGGCCAAUAAGGAUUGCUCUUGAUUAUUGAGUAGAAGCCUGAUAGGCUGAAAAGAAAGAGCUCUCUCCUAUUCCUGACCUCAGAUUGUCCAGCCUUCAUCUUUAUUGUACACUAUUCUCACCUGCCCAUAAGUUGAGGAGCAGAAGAAGAGAGGACAAAGAAAACUAGAAAAAAGGGACAGUCUCCCCUCUUUUCUUGUCUUUCUCAUGCUUGAAUCCUGUUUAGAACCUUAUCAUUUCUGUCUUAUGUUUCAGUUAAUUGAGAGCAGGGACCAUUCAUCUAACCUAGUUAUCAGAAUUCAAUACAUUCUUAUUGAGUUAUUAGCCAUAAAUAAACUGUGACUUCAGACACCAAUAAUUUUCUAUUAGUUUGAAAUUCUCACUGCAUUUGGAUGUUAUAUAACUGUCCCUGGUGAGAAGAAAGGGAUGGGAUAUAAGUGAGCAUGAAGUUAUCACUAAUAUGUAAAAUAGAGAUUUUCCUAAAUGGGCAUGUGGAUGGCUGAAUAACAAGAAUGUAUUGUAUCCUGCCACUGUAACUUGGAUGUGAAACCAUAUCUUGCUUAUUAAAUAUAAGUCCAGUCUAUAGAGGAGAAGCUAGAGAGAGAAUUCUCAAUUAUUUUCAAAAAGGAAACAUACCAUUCCAUGUAGGAACUCCUCAAAGUCAUUCCCAACUUCAUAUGGUUUCUUGGUAGCCUUUACUUGGAGUCUAAUCAUUGAAUAAAGAAAAUCAGUAAUCAAACUGUUGUACUGACACCAACUAAGAGUCAACAUUUAUGAUAAGUUUAAUACACUGGGCAUUUGCCAGCAUUUUACAUACUCCCGACAAUAAUCUCACAACAAGUCUUGUGAAGUAGAUACUAUUAUUAUCCUACAUUUUAAAUAAGGAAAUAGGCCCAGAUAGGUUAAGUAACCUGCCUACAGUCCUACAGCUAGCAACAGAGGAUUUGAACCCAAGCAGUGUGACGUGAGCCUUCUGGUCCAGCUCACAUGUGACAUGUAUCCCCGGUGAAGCAUCCUCUUCAGUGAGAUGGUUCACACAGUUUUCCCUUAACUGAUUCCACUUGCCUGGCUUCAGCACACACUUCAGAGAUUGUCAGAGGGGACAGAAGAGUAAAAGGGACUGGCAGGGGAAGGAUCUGGUCGGGGGAGAGAGGGAAGGAAAGGCCAGAGUGUGAGGGUGCUUACGAGGCUGUAAGCCCAUUGAGGGAAGGAAUCAGAAAUCUACCUACCAUGAGUUCUGUCACCAAAUACUCAUUCAAGAAGUCUUCCUGCAGGAGUUGUACAGUUGAGUUCAGGAGGCGGUAGAACCUUUCAGAGAUCUGUGGACGAGGGGAGAGGCAGAGGCAGGCUAGGGAAGGACAGGUAGGGACUCGGGACAAGGGAGAAUAUUAGCAAGAGGAAGACAGACUGAGAGAAAGAAAAAUGAAAAGGGUAUUAUAAAGCUGUCAAUUUCACUGGCAAUUUUCAAAUGAAACAUUUAAAAAUUAUUUUUCUUCCAUGAAAUUUGUAGGAAGUAAAAUUUUCUGAAAAUACCAAAUAUACUUUGCUGAAGUAUAACAUCUGCAUUAGCCGACCCCCCCUUGCAAACCUACUGUCCGGUCUCCUUAGCAUCGAGCCUAGUGCUCUCUUGAGGACACACAGGGCUGCCUCCUAGGGUCACGUGAGCUAGUGCUCCGUGACUGACAGGUGCCUCCUCUUCAUUUCCCUCCUUUAUCUCUGCCAGUUUUCUCUCUUCAACCUGGAUGUUCUCUUCACUUCUUAUCAUCUUCUGGGUCUGUCUUUCCCUGCUUUUCUCAUAUCUGGCCUUACAGUUUGGGUGUCUUUCUCAGAGUCCUAUUUAAACACACUCUGGAAUCUCUCCAGUGCCCUUCCCCGUGACCCCCUGCACUCACAAGUCAUCCUCAGACUCUGGUUCAUCUCACUUCCUUAAAAUAAACCCAUCCUCCAACUUGCUUUUUUAAUUUACAGUCUCCUUCCCUUUUUUCCUUUUUAAAAGCUUCACUGAGACAUGUCAUGCACCAUAAAAAUACACCCUUUUAAAGUGUACAACUCAGUGGAUUUUUAGUAUAUUCAGUUUUACAACCAACACCAAUACCUAAUCCCCCAUCUUUUUGAUAGAUUUUCCUCUCCAUGAGUAUCUCUUUUUUGAAGAUUACAGGUGGAAACUUGUGCUAUGCCCGUAGAUUUAGCAGGCACAUGGGAUAUUUAAGUAUCCAAAUGAGUAUUUUUCCAUUCAUUUUCUCCAGCAAUGUGCCAUUGCAUAAAACAUAUUUGAAUGCUUUUUCUGAGUUGCUCUGAGAACUCUACGUUUUCCUGAAUAUCCUCAGUGGUGAGAAAUCCUAUCCCGUGUAGACUUGAUUUGGGGGAACUUGUGAAAGUCACCUGGAAUCAGACUUUAGGUGUUGUGAACGGGAGAGCUGGGUGUAAGAUCUUCGGCGGAAAGUGACAUAAAAUUCUAAAAUAAUGGGCUGCAUUGUCUCAUGUGACUGGGAAACUGGCUUUGGAAGUUUCAGAAUAGGAAGGGAAGCAGGCAGCGUGACUGGCGCAAGUGGUGCUCCACCCACGGCUUGUUUGAAGGGCUGCACUCAUCUGAUACUUGUUCUUGCACAUGUGGAUGUGUUGGAAGAAGUGGAUUAGCCUCAAUACUUUAUAGCUUUCCUUUUUAUACUCUAAUUAAUAAAAUAAACAAAUUAAAUGAGCCCAAUUUGCCUUACUUUAGUGGGGGACAUGUUUGUACGCAGAGGGCAGAAGGGGAACAAAGAACUAGCCCAGGAGAGACCAGCUAAAUAGGUUUAUAUUCUAGUUCACAUCUUCCCUAGGGCGGGGUAGGGUUAUGGGUUUAUGUUUUAAAAGGUGUUCAGCUUAAGUCCUCUGGCUGGAGGAGUAAAAGGA